ACGUGGGUACGUACUAUCCGAAAAUAAAGCGAUAUUUCGAAUUUAUGACAAGAAAUCUUAUGAAACUGAGAAUCUGUGUCUUCUAAAAAUGUUAGUCGAUGUCUGUUGGUCAACCAUUUAUCAUUAAUUGGAAGUAUGCAUCUUCUGGAAUCGUCUAACUACUAGCGCACGAUACUCUGCUCCUCAGUUAUAAUGUUUUCAGUGAAAAUAGUGAAAAUUUUUGACAGUGACACCAUCCAACUACCAUUUGUCCAAACUAAUCCAUCCAACUCCUGCCUACUCUCAGGAUAAUCACACGACACCGUAGCACAGAAUAAGGACCAGUAGAACACCAUAGUAAGGAAUUAUACUGUGCUACAACACUACCAGUACGCAAAAAAUCGACAAUUACGCCAACCGCAUAUUUCGAUAUACAGGCUCUUAGAAGUGGUAUAAAAUGGCACAACAAGAAAUUGAAACGGAUUGUGAUAAAAUGCAGAGUUUACAGGAAAAAAAUAUAGACUUGGAAAGUUACAGAAAGUUAGUCAAAUCAUACUUGGACCUGCAUUUAUACAGCGCAGCUUUAUUCUGGGCAGAUAAAGUUGUUUCAUUAGGUAAUGAGAACCCAAAAGAUAUAUGUGCUCUCGCUCAAUGUAUGUUUCUUAUGAAACAGUACCAUCGAGCUGCUCACUUUAUCAGAAGUCGAGGACUUGAGAAGACAGACAUAAUGUGUCAUUACUUGGCCGUGAGAUCUCUGUUGGAAGCUAAAGAAUAUAAUGAGGCUCUUCAAGUUAUUGGUAAAAUGGAAAUGUGCACCAACACCUCACAUUCAAGCAUAAGUUUCAAAGGCCAAACUGAACUAGUUGAAGUUGCACCAAGAAAUGUACGCAGCUCUAUACUGUAUUGUGCGGGUAGAGUGUACGAGGCAAUAGACAAGGGAGCCGUUGCCUCUGAUUGUUACAGACAGGCUUUACAAUACGAUGUCCACUCCUAUCAAGCUUUUGAAGCAUUAGUACAGAAUCAAAUGCUAUCUGCUGCUGAGGAAAGAGAGCUUUUGGAGUCAUUACCAAUAGCAGAACAGUGCUCAGCUAGCGAGGCUAAGUUAUUGCGAUUAUUAUAUGAAAGUAAAUUGAAAAAGUAUCAAUCGUCUACGGAGAAAGAACCAAUAUUGAACUGCGGAGUGCAAGGAGUCUUGGUGACAGAUCGCUUAAUAGAUAACUUGGAUAUGGAAGUUUCUAGAGCCGAAAGGCUGUAUUAUAAUUGUGAUUAUCAGCAAUGUUUUAGUCUCACUGAGAGGAUUUUACAGAAAGAUCCUUACCACAGUGCGUGCCUUCCAGUGCACAUAGCUUGCUUAGUCGAGCUAAAGAAAGCAAACGCACUUUUCUAUUUAGCGCACAAGCUGGUAGACUUGUAUCCAGACAUGGCACUUGCUUGGUUCGCAGUGGGAUGUUACUACUAUGUUAUAGGAAAGAGUGAUCCAGCACGGAGAUAUUUAGCCAAAGCUACAGCUUUGGAUCGACUGUUUGGACCGGCAUGGUUAGCGUAUGGCCAUUCUUUUGCUGUAGAAAAUGAACAUGACCAGGCAAUGGCUGCAUACUUCAAGGCCUCACAAUUAAUGAAAGGAUGUCACUUGCCACUACUAUAUAUCGGACUAGAAUGUGGCCUGACAAAUAAUCUCAGAUUGGCUGACAAAUUCUUCCAACAAGCUCAAGGCAUAGCUCCCAAUGAUCCAUUUGUUAUUCAUGAAAUGGCAGUUAUUUCAUAUCGAAAUUUAGAUUAUAAAACAGCAGAGCAACAGUUUAAAGAGGCAAUGAAAAAGAUACAAGGUGAUUUGAGAGAUGUGGUUCUCCUCAGCAAGUGGGAAGCUCUCCUUAACAAUUUGGGUCAUACCUGUAGGAAAUUGAAAAAGUACGAUGAGGCAUUGGACUAUCACCAACAGGCAUUGGUAUUAAAUCCACUGAAUCCAGCAACAUACUCAGCGAUAGGAUUUUUACACGCGGUUCGCGGUUCUACUCAAGAAGCUGUAGAUGCCUUUCACAGAGCCCUCGGUCUUCGGAGAGAUGACACCUUUACUACGACGAUGCUUGGUUAUGUAAUGGAGCAGCUGAUUGAUGAAGAACCACCAUAUCCAGAUCCAAGACGAACCGUAGAAGCUGGAGCGCCAACUGAAAAUUCUGUCGGCCCCUCACAGGAUCCAAAAAUGGAACUAUUGAGGGUAAAUCUAUUUGCGGAAUGGGGUGAGGAUUCUGCAAAAUCUGAAGAGGAAUCUCUAGCCAAAUUGGAAAGAGCGAGAGACAGUGUUCUUGUUAAUUAUUCAACAAGCGACAUGAGUUCAGAAGUAGAGAUGCUUGAUUCGUCCUCUACUCAUGUAGAAUAUAAAUAACUAGAUGAUUUCUUCCUCGGGAGAAAUUUUCCCGGGAAAAUCAGAGUGAAUUGACUUGUGAUAGUACAUUUAUGUGCUACUUUUCCUACAUUGGUAAUGUUAGUCGUCUCGCUGAACGGGUAAUCAUAAUAAAUGAAUAAAAUUUUUAUCUCAAUA